CAAAAGAACACUUAGAGAUUCUCUUUGCCUCACUCAUUAACUUACCCUCCAAUCCAUUCUAUUCAUUCCAUCUAAUUUCUAUCCUCAAACCCACCACCAUGAUACAGUAAGGAAUAAUUGUUCAUCAAAAACUCCAACCAAAUCUCUAAUGGGUUACCUCUUCAUCUCCUUCAAAUCCAUUUCAGUGAACAAGCUUUUGCCAUGUUCUUGUUUUUAUCACUUUCUGUGUUUUCUCUUUGUUUUGCUUACUCUUCCAUAUUUUAGCAUUACAACAGCUCAAGCCAGCCUUUGCAGAACCUUUUGUGGCACUAUUCCAAUAAACUACCCUUUUGGUAUUGAUGAUGGCUGUGGCAGUCCUUAUUACAGACACAUACUUAUUUGUUCCGAUUCAGGUAAACUCGAGCUUCGAACCCCUUCAGGGAGAUAUCAAGUACAGAGCAUCACCUACUCUGAUCCCCAUAUCAUAAUCUCUGAUCCAUUCAUGUGGAAUUGUCAAGAUGGCAAUCACUUCAGGGCAACUAGGCCUUUUAGCCUUGAUACCAGCACACGUUUCACGCUCUCCUCUCAAAAUGACUAUCUUUUCUUCAACUGUAGCGAAGAGAAUGUGAUUGUUGAGCCCAAGCCUAUCUUCUGCGAGCGCUUUCCUGAUCAAUGUGAUUCCACAUGCGAUAGUUCAAGUUAUCUUUGCAGGCACCUGCCUGGAUGUGCUACUGCUUUGGGUGGCAGUUCUUGCUGCUCUUACUACCCCAAAGCAACACAAUCUUUGAGGCUUAUGCUCAAGUAUUGUGCUAGUUACACGAGCAUUUAUUGGAGAAAUGGUGCAAAUUCUCCUGAUGAUCAAGUCCCUGAGUAUGGGAUUAGGAUCGAUUUUGAUAUUCCGGUGACUACCCAUUGCCUUGAGUGUCAAGACAUGAUGAAAGGAGGAGGAAAUUGUGGAUUUGACACACAAUCACAGAAUUUCUUGUGUCUGUGUAACGACAGAAAUGUCACAGCUUAUUGUAAAAAUAAUGGAACUUCUGGGCAGCAUAGCAGGGCAGGAGUCAUUGCAGGGACUGCUACAGGAGUUUCGGCUGCUGGGGCCUUGGGAGUUGGUGCUGGCAUAUGGUUUUGGAAAAAAGUGAGAGCUAAAGCACCAGUAACGUGUGGGGUUCAGAGCAAUGAGAACAGGCUUUUCUGAUGAAACCCAUCAACUAAAGCAAACACCAUGUACUUUUCUUUUCCCCCUUCUUUUUCUUUUCUCAUUUUUUGAAUUGCUUUUUUUGUUGUUUAUUCAACAAGCCUCCUUCAUUAGUUAAUUAUGUUUCUUUGUUUACACGUUUAACUUGAUUCAAUGCUUGAUUAGAGAGCCCGAGAUCAGUCUCCAUGGGAGAUAAUAGUAGCUUGUGAUGGUUAAUUUC